GGGGACUUGGAUGCGAGCGAGACUGAACCUCCCAGCGUGCUUUGCAGCGUGAGGCAUGACGUCUGGUGAUGGGGAAGCCCUGGAGCUUUCGGCCGCCAAAUCUUUCGUAGAGGUUGAGGUUGAGCCCAGGGACUGAACUGGACGCCCGCAAAGGGGGAAGAUGGAAGCGUGGCGCUGUGUGAGGAGGGGCUACGGCCGCUGUGUAGUGGGAAGAGGCCGAUACCCCAUGUUACCCCACCACCAGAAGAGUCUGGGCAGAGACUGGACUACACCGUGGGAGAAUCUGCAAAGGUGUUGCUGGAACAGACAUAUUUCUAGUUGUAUGAGGUGGCCUGGACACUAUUCUCGUGCUCCUUACCCCUACUUCAGUAGUAGGCAAUUUUCAUUAAACUGGAGACCGCCUUGUUUGUUUGAGUCUAGAACUCAGUUUCAGUACUGGAAUUGGAGACCCGACAGCCUGAGCCAGACAUCUUUGAUCCAUCUCUCUAGUUACAUCAUGAACUCUGAGGGAGAUGAGCCUUCAUCAAAACGAAGAAAACACCAAGGCACCAUAAAACGCCAUUGGGAAUACAUAUGUAACCAUCAUAAAGAAAAAACGAAGAUCCUGGGAGACAAUAUUGACCCCAAAUGUGAAGACAGUGAGAACAAGUUUGAUUUCUCAGUGAUGUCCUAUAAUAUACUUUCACAAAAUUUACUGGAAGAUAAUUCACACCUCUAUAGACACUGCCGGCGCCCAGUAUUACACUGGAGUUUUAGAUUUCCCAAUAUUCUGAAAGAAAUUAAACACUUUGAUGCAGAUGUACUUUGUUUGCAAGAAGUUCAAGAAGAUCAUUAUGGAACAGAAAUCAGGCCAAGUUUGGAAUCGCUGGGUUAUCACUGUGAAUACAAGAUUCGGACAGGAAAGAAACCAGAUGGCUGUGCCAUUUGCUUCAAACAUUCCAAAUUUUCACUCUUAUCAGUGAACCCAGUGGAAUUCUACCGCCCUGAUGUUCCUCUGUUGGACAGAGACAAUGUUGGAUUAGUGUUACUCUUGCAGCCCAAAAUUCCAAGUGGUGCCUCUCCUGCCAUCUGUGUAGCUAACACACAUCUGUUAUAUAAUCCAAGGCGAGGCGAUAUUAAGCUGACCCAGUUGGCAAUGCUCCUGGCAGAGAUCUCCAGUGUUGCCCAUCAGAAAGAUGGCAGCUUCUGCCCUAUUGUUAUGUGUGGGGACUUUAAUUCUGUUCCUGGUUCUCCGCUCUAUAGUUUUAUAAAGGAAGGAAAAUUGAAUUAUGAAGGCCUUGCCAUAGGGAAGGUAUCUGGCCAGGAACAGUCUUCACGGGGACAAAGAAUUUUAUCUAUUCCAAUUUGGCCCCCAAACCUAGGUAUCUCACAGAACUGUGUGUAUGAGGUACAGCAGGUACCAAAAGUAGAAAAGACAGACAGCGAUCUGACACAAACACAGCUGGAAAAAACAGAAGUCCUAGUGACAGCUGAAAAGUUAUCUUCAUAUUUACAGCACCAUUUCAGCUUGUCAUCUGUUUACUCACAUUAUUUUCCUGACACUGGAAUUCCAGAAGUGACCACGUGUCAUUCCCGAAGUGCCAUAACCGUGGAUUAUAUUUUCUACUCCGUGGAAAAGGAAGAUAUUGCUGGGCAGCCAGGAGCUGAAGUUGCUUUGGUUGGUGGCUUGAAACUUCUAGCUAGACUGUCACUUCUUACAGAGCAAGACUUAUGGACUGUUAAUGGACUUCCAAAUGAAAACAACUCUUCAGAUCAUCUGCCUUUAUUGGCUAAAUUCAGACUUGAGCUCUGACUCCUCUUUGAUUAUGUACUUUUCUUUCCAAUUUAUAUUCUUUUUCAGAGACUGUAAAAGUGUUAAGAGUUUGCAUGUUGUUUAUUUUUGUGCUGUGGAGUUUCUGAAGAGGUUAUGUUAAAUGCUUGGAAGAAAUAUCAGAAGAAACAAGUUUACAACAGUUCGCUUUUAUAAUAAUGAAAGAAUAUUUUCCUGACAAAUGAUAUAAAUGCUCUUAAUUGUUAAAAAAAAAAUUGUAAAUAUUUUUUACUCUAAAUUCCAGUAAAGUAGACAGUGAUUUUAAAUAUAGUGCAUCUCCUUUAGUCCUCUUAGUAAAAAAUCCCAUUUCAUGUUUUUGGUUAAGUUUUAGAGUGGAUCCCAAGUAUCUGUGAGUUCUUGCAAAACACAAUUCACUUCCUUUCCAGAAGGCCUGAUUUCAUGGUGAGGACCACAUGUUUGUUGAGUGAGUCCUAAUUAGCUCAUCUCAGAAAUCAUUGGCUCAUUCACAAGUAUCCACCCAUUUUUGUUUUUGAGGGGACUUGACAAUGCUUUUAAAAACUUGUACAGGUUGUUUAAUCCAUCUUGUUAUUAUCCUGAGACAGGCAAUAUAUCUGCAUUGUGUCAGGGACAUAUAGGUCCCAUAACCAGUGGUAUGAGGUACUUACACAAGCCUACUUUUCCAUCCUCUAACAGGCCAUUACAGGAGACAGGGAUUGGGGUUAUGCCUUCAUUUCCCGAGCAAUUUUUUUUCCCUCUAUUCAGUUUCAAGAAAAGAUCCCUGGUUUAGGGAGAGAUUUUAUUUUAGUGAACCAAUGCUGUACGACUAUAUUUUAUUAGGAAACUUGUCUUUGGAACAAAGUGGCAGCUAUAAGAUUAUUUUUGUUUUGCCUCAGAAAUUUGAGGAAAUCAACAAGUCUAGUGGAACAAUACAAACAUGGAGACCUAAUAUUUUUUAGUUAUUUUAACUGUUUUAGUGGUUUUGUUUCUAAAAUGUGUUUUAUCAUGAUGCUGCAGUGUAAAAUAGUGCUGACUUUUUUUAUAAAAUGGUUAAGAGUGGGUCUAAUUCUGCAGUUGGCUUUAUGUUUGUUGGAAUCAAAAUUUUUAAAACAAAAAGUGAAAAUCUUCUCUUUUUUAGAUAUGGGGGUCAAAGAAUUAUGUGCAUUUUUACUAAAUUUUAUAUUGAAUUUACUGAAUUGUAGAAGUUUUUACAGUGGGUUUUCUUACUAGAAUGCUUCAUUUUAAAUUAGCAGUGGUUUCUUUAUAGUCUUGGACAUUAAAAGUUUUUGUAUUAAAGUACUUAACAACCAUUAUUUUUAAGAAGAGAUAGAUGAAUUCCCUAAAAAGGCAUGUGGGUACUAAGGAUUUGCCUAGUAAAACUUGUAGUAAGCAAAUACAGGGUCCGGCAGAAGUAAGGCCUGCUUGAGUGUGGUUGGUAGGGCACGUGAGUGUCUCGCAUGAGGUGGACAGCAAUUUGAACAUUUCACCUAAAAUGUCACAUGGUGUGCUUGAGUGUGAUAUUGUUGUUACAGAAUUACAUGCUUAUGAUUUUGUAAUAAAAAGCGGGGGGGGCAUUAUUUGUGCCGGACCCUGUACUUUUUAAAUGUUUAAUUUCUCACUUUGGGAAUAUUUUACUUGUGGUAUUAACUAUAGUUCUAGGAUUUUUCACAUUUUCUA